GUGGUGAACAUGAAAGUUCACUCAGAAACCAUCCAAACGACAAAACCCCUAAAAUACCUAGGUAUAAAAAUGGACAACAAACUGACGUACUGGGCACAAAGUCAACAUGCUGUAAAAAGGUCAGCCAACAUAACUAUGUCACUAGCAAAACUUAUGGCAAAUACCGGAGGCCUGCUUGCAAGGAGAAAGAAACUGCUCAUGAACAUAACACAGACAGUGCUGUUAUACGGUAGUGAAAUAUGGGCCGAUACAUUAAACGUGAAACAUAGACGGAAAGUGCUGGCUCGGCGUACCGCACUGUAUCCGAAUCCGCAGUGUCCGUGAUAAGCGUCAUCCCAAUAGAUCUACUCUCGGAGGAGAGAAGACAACUCUGGUUACGGAAGAUAGAUGGAAUAGAAGUACACAUGCCAAUAAGACAACAAGCAAGGAAGCUAACACUCGAACCUGGCAAAAUCGGUGAACAAGGGAGCGCAAAGGAAGAUGGAUCGCCGAAUUGAUAAAAGAUAUAGAGAAAUGGCAGAGUAGAAAAAACGGUUAGGUGUACUACUACUUAACACAGAUGCUCUCCGAGGCAGGAAAAAUUGGCAGGCAAUGGUAUAAUUGUUUUGAAUAUUUACAUAAAUAAACAACAAACAUAAAACACUGGCAUAUCAUCUUUACUGGCAUCAUGCCACCGAAGCUAUGCAUGUAUAUGUUGCCUCUUCAAAAUUUGUGUGCAAAUGAAAAUAACUCUGUCAAACCACCAAAUGACAUUUAAUUGCUAGCAAUGUAUGUCAUGAAAUGUAUUUAGACAUCAAUUGCCAUAGCGAUAUUGCUAGCAAUUCAGAUUUUCCGCAAUCUUUAGGUGCCUGCAGAUAUGCCCCUUUAUAAUACGAAUGUUAUCGACUUUUGCUCAAAUUUGCGUCACUUGGUUUAUGUUUAUGUUUGAUCUUAUACUGGCUAAUGAUAUUUAAUAAUGUUAAAAUUCCUAUAGCUCAGUUAAUAUAAUUUUUAAACAAAAAAAUAAAACUGGCUUGUCAACCAAUUGAGCAAACAUUUGCGUACAAUUAUUAAAGAAAUGUCUAAUAAAAGUAGUCCGAUAUGUAUUGAGUGUCAAAAAACUGAAUCUCUUCUUUGGAGACAGUCGGAAAAUGGAGAAGGCGAGAUUUGUCAAGAAUGUUACGAAAAAAAAGAAACAAAGAUGUCGUAUGAUAAUAAUGUUUGUUCAGUAGAAUUAAAUAAAAUAACUGAAGAAAUGAAAAGUAAAUCACACAAAAUACAUGGAGAAUGCAAGCACGUUGCAGUGGCGGAAGAAAAAAAAGUUCGUAAAAGUACCAGAUCAACUCGAUUUAAAGCGAAAAGCUGUACUCAGCCUAAUAAUAUCACUUCGACCAGUUGCUACGUUCAAAACGUAUCAAAUAAUACCAAAGUGCAAAGUAAGGGACGUAGCAGGCGUAAUAUUUUCAAAAAAUUACCUUUAAAAACACCAGUUGCACAAGCUACUACUCACGUUGUGGAGAGCGUAUUUUACAAAGGAACUUAUCUUCAAGUCGGCGAUAUUGUAUCCUUAAUGGAUGAUAAGCGCAAUAUAUACUACGCCCAAAUACGUGGUCUCUUAGUUGAUAACUAUUGCGAAAAAUCUGCUUAUCUUACAUGGCUUAUUCCUACGCAAGCAAGUCCCGACCCACACGAUGGCUUUGAUCCAGCUUCGUAUUUAAUAGGACCAGAUGAAGAGCUUUCGCGAAAGUUAUCUGCUUUACAGUUUAUAAUGCAUGCACCUAGUAAUUAUUAUCAUGAUCGUACGACGCCUUUCCCACUUCCAGAUGCAAUGGAAAUUGAUGGAAAGACAAGAGGUUUUAUUUGGACUACUUUGUCCGAAUAUCAUCGAACUGUUAACUUAUGAAAUAUAACAAAUUAUUUUGUAAUAAAUUGAUUGCAUGAAGAAUAAAGACAGCAAGAUCAUAAAGA